GCGUGCGCUCUUCCUAUGUGGAGUGUGACAGACUUCAUCGGCUGCGGCAUUGUGGAGACUCUGAUCAUCUGGGAGGACCUGUGGAUGAAUUGCGUGGUCCCGAGAACGGGCCAGAUGCAGUGUAAGGUCUAUGACUCCAUGCUCACACUCCCCCAAGACCUCCAAGUUGCCCGCGCCCUCACCAUUAGCUCCAUCCUGUUAGCCAUCCUAGCAGUACUCAUCGGCAUCACUGGGGCCAAGUGCACAAACUGCAUUGACGACGAGGCAUCCAAGGCCAAGGUGAUGAUCAUCUCUGGGGUCUUCUUCAUUGUUUCUGGGGUCAUGCAGCUCAUUCCUGUCUCUUGGGCGGCCAACACCAUUAUCAGGGACUUCAACAGCCCUUUAAUUACUGACGCUCAGAGGAGGGAGCUGGGGGCCUCACUGUACAUCGGCUGGGGAGCUGCUGGCCUCCUGGUUCUCGGUGGCGGAAUGCUCUGCUGCUCCUGUCCGCCACGUGAGACCUGAUACAACCCUUCACGAAUGGCUUACUCUGCCUCACGGUCCGCAGGUGGCCCAGGGUUGGAAAGGAAAAGACUACGUAUAAAUGAAGGUCAAAGAGGAAAAGACAUUAUUGAAUUUUAAACCUGCUGUCCACACCAAACUGGUGUGCUGAAGAAAAGAGCUCAAGGAAACAAGGAGACUCCGUAAUGAAGGAUGUGUUUUAUUUUGCCUUUCAUGUUAAG